AUGGAGAGGCUGAUACCUUCCAACUCGUGCUGUGAUCCGUGGCCCCAUCUGACCUCUUUGUGUUUCCCCAUCAUCCAGGUAACAACUGGUGGAAGAGCCAGCUACUAUGUGUCCUAUCGAAGAGAGGCCUUCGCUCAGAUAAAGCUGCCCAAGUACUCACUGCCAAAGGACAUGCACAUCAUCAGUACUGAUGAGAACCAAGUGUUUGCAGCGGUCCAGGAAUGGAACCAGAAUGACACCUACAACCUCUACAUCUCAGACACACGUGGGAUCUACUUCACCCUGGCCAUGGAGAAUAUUAAGAGCAGCAGAGGUCUAAUGGGAAACAUCAUUAUUGAAUUGUAUGAGGUAGCAGGUAUCAAAGGGAUAUUUCUGGCCAACAAGAAGGUGGAUGACCAGGUGAAGACACACAUCACAUACAACAAGGGCAGGGAUUGGCGCCUAUUGCAAGCUCCAGACGUGGACCUGAGAGGAAGCCCGGUACACUGCCUGCUGCCCUUCUGUUCCUUACACCUGCACUUGCAGAUCUCUGAAAACCCAUAUUCCUCAGGAAGAAUCUCUAGCAAGGCAACAGCCCCAGGACUUGUGGUGGCUACAGGGAACAUUGGCCCAGAGCUCUCAUAUACUGAUAUCGGUGUCUUCAUUUCUUCUGAUGGGGGCAACACGUGGAGACAGAUCUUUGAUGAAGAGUACAAUGUCUGGUUCCUAGACUGGGGUGGCGCCCUCGUGGCCAUGAAACACACACCUCUGCCAGUCAGGCAUUUGUGGGUGAGUUUUGAUGAGGGCCACUCCUGGGACAAGUAUGGUUUCACAUCGGUUCCCCUUUUUGUCGACGGUGCUCUGGUGGAGGCAGGAAUGGAGACCCAAAUCAUGACAGUUUUUGGCCACUUCAGCCUCCGUUCUGAAUGGCAGUUGGUGAAAGUGGACUACAAAUCUAUCUUCAGCCGGCGCUGCACCAAGGAAGAUUAUCAGACCUGGCACCUGCUCAAUCAGGGGGAGCCUUGUGUCAUGGGAGAAAGGAAAAUAUUCAAGAAACGCAAGCCAGGAGCUCAGUGUGCCCUGGGCCGAGACUCCUCAGGGACGGUGGUCUCAGAACCCUGUGUCUGUGCUGACUGGGACUUUGAGUGUGACUAUGGCUAUGAGAGACACGGAGAGAGCCAGUGUGUCCCAGCUUUCUGGUACAAUCCAGCAUCCCCAUCAAAGGACUGCAGCCUUGGUCAAAGCUACCUUAACAGCACUGGGUACCGGCGGAUUGUGUCCAACAACUGCACAGACGGGCUGAGGGAGAAGUACACCGCAAAGGCCCAGAUGUGCCCUGGAAAAGCCCCUCGGGGCCUCCACGUGGUGACAACCGACGGACGCCUGGUGGCAGAGCAGGGGCACAAUGCGACCUUUAUCAUUCUCAUGGAGGAGGGUGAUCUCCAAAGGACAAACAUCCAGCUUGACUUUGGCGAUGGUAUUGCUGUGUCCUACGCUAACUUCAGCCCCAUUGAGGAUGGCAUCAAACAUGUGUACAAGAGUGCAGGAAUCUUCCAGGUGAUGGCUUAUGCGGAGAACAACCUGGGCUCAGACACAGCUGUCCUCUUCCUGCAUGUGGUUUGUCCUGUGGAGCAUGUCCAUCUCCGAGUUCCCUUUGUCGCCAUCAGGAAUAAGGAGGUCAACAUCAGUGCAGUCGUGUGGCCCAGUCAGCUGGGGACGCUCACCUAUUUCUGGUGGUUCGGCAACAGCACGAAGCCCCUGAUCACGUUGGACAGCAGCAUUUCCUUCACAUUCCUCACAGAGGGAACCAACACCAUCACUGUUCAAGUGGCAGCGGGGAAUGCCCUUAUCCAGGACACGAAAGAUAUUGCAGUGCAUGAUGGGGAAUAUGUAGGAGAAAUAUCCAGGGGGAACAAUAAUGGUUUGAUCUUUUGUGUGCCUUUGGAGCACAUGAGCAGCAAUUGGGUGAAGAUAACCAGGAGAGUUGACAAUAUGGAUGUGAAGAUCAAGCAGAGGUUCCUGCUUCAGGACAAACAUUCCAAGUUACAGUUACUGAACCAAGGGUCUGAAUAUUUUUAUGGCCUUAAAGUAACCAGUGUCCCCGAAGACCAGAUCCUGGUUGCUGUGUUCCCUGGCCUCCCAACUUCAGCUGAGCUCUUUAUCCUCCCCCCGAAGAACUUGACAGAGAGGAGGAAAGGCAAUGAAGGGGACCUGGAACAAAUUGUAGAGAUUCUGUUUAAUGCCCUAAAUCAAAACUUGGUUCAAUUUGAACUGAAGCCAGGAGUUCAAAUCAUUGUGUAUGUCACACAGCUGACAUUAGCUCCAUUGGUGGACUCCAGUGCUGGGCGCAGCAGCUCAGCCAUGCUUAUGCUCUUGUCAGUGGUGUUUGUCGGCCUGGCUGUGUUUUUGAUCUACAAGUUUAAAAGGAAAAUCCCCUGGAUUAACAUCUAUGCUCAAGUUCAACAUGACAAGGAGCAGGAAAUGAUUGGGUCAGUGAGCCAAAGUGAAAACACCCCCAAAAUCACCCUCAGUGACUUCACCGAACCCGAGGAACUGCUGGACAAAGAGCUGGACACCCGGGUCAUAGGAGGCAUUGCCACUAUUGCAAACAGCGAAAGCACAAAGGAGAUCCCCAACUGCACUAGUGUUUAAUACCGACAAGCCACGCGGUCCACCAUCUUUCUGACUUUUUAUUUUUGAUGAUCACUAUUACUAUUAUUAUGGAAAAAAUGAAAAUGUCUUUUCUAACCUUUGUUUACCAAGGGCCCCUUCAUACAUAGCAGGCAGAUGCUUAGCUUUGGGAGGCAAAGGGAUUCUUAGCUGAUUAAACGGGACAAAAAGGAUAAAUGGCUGUAUUCGUGCUAUGGGCAAAGUAUGCAUCUUCCCAUGGCCUUUUUGCUUUAUUCUGCCAUUAAUGGUGCAAUGACUCUCUUUUUUUCUUGUGAUUCCUCUUUCUUUUUACAAGUUGGAUUGGCUUUUCAUUAACCUCUCAUUUCUCCCUCCUGUACCCUCCCCCGGCACACACACUUAAAACAUAAACCAUUUCCCAGGUAGAUCUGCAGGAGAUAGCUUGGUGGGGAGUGAACGUAGCUGCAAAAAGCGUGCACACCUUUAUGAAAGAGGCCCUGCCUCGUGCAUGUCAAUAGCAAGGCUACUGAUGGCUUAUUGUAUAUAACAACAAUGUAAAUACCUUUUUAUUUCCUAAGAAAUAAUUUAAUGUUUAGUAAAAAGGAAAACAGAAAAAAGAAAGAUGCGUGUGUUGGCUUAUGCACUCACCCUCAGAGCUGCCCAACCCCCAGGCCUGCUUGAUGUGUUGGGUUCUGGAUGCUUUCCAGUUGUCUGUCACAAUUAACUCUUGCAUCUCUGUGUCCAUGCCAUAGCUGGUUUCUACUUAUAUAUAUAAGGGGGGUGGGGGGUGGCUUCCUUUGGGCAAUCGGUAAAGGAACGACUAUGGUGACAUCGUAGAACAUGGGGGUCUUUUUGUUCCAUCAGUGAUAUGGAAGAAGUUGCAAGAUGAAGCCCACUAGAGACUUCAAACUGAGAUCCAGAUGGGGGUACAAGGCUUCCCCUCCCAAAAGAAAAAAGUUGAGGAUAUUAUCAGCCCGAGAAAAUGGUUUCUCGAACAAAGCCACGCAAUGGAUCUAAAGAUGACAAUGGCUCUGCUUUCUGGUUGGAUUCCAAGGAAAAUGUAUAAUGCUUAUGGGGGAUUCUUGGGCUAUUCUUAGCUCAGAAAAGUCCCCUGGACACUAGAUUAAGCCCAACGAGUGCCUCUUGUGAUCAGAGGAGUUAGAGAGGUUGGGAGGGAGGUAGCAUUUGUGGAAUCACAAGCCCAUGCAAACCCUGCAGGCCAAAUAGGGGUCUAGUCUUUAAUGAUAUUAGUCAAAGAUGAUUUUAGCAAAGCUGUGCUAUUUGCUUGUCAGAUGUACACAACUUCCUUAAAGUCAAAUGUCUGCCUUCAGUUCCCUUAAAAUAGUUCUUGCCUCUUGAGUGGCUGGCUUUCAAAGCCAGUGUUCUCUUUUCCAGCACCUAGCCCCUUUAACCAUUUACACAUAUCAAUUGUUUUCAGUCGGAUCACUUUAAGCCAUGUUAUAACCUUUUCUAUUUUUUUUUUCAGGCUUAGCCUGUGCACACUUUUAGAAAAUGAUAUACUGUAUAUAUGGGAGGAAAGGCCAAUUUUGUACCUGUUAAUACUUGUGGGAUGUUCACAUUUUUCUCUGUGAGACACUGAGAAAAUGUGAUCUACAGAAAUCUGACUGGCUACAGCAUAGAUCAGGAUUAGGAGUAUUUCUAACGAUCCUGCUUUUUUGUUUCGAGGGUUAAAUGGGGCAGACAAUUGCAAUACUUGUACUAAACACUGGAAUACAAAUGCAUGAGUCAUAUCUAUAUAUACAGUAUAUGUACAUAUACUGUUCUUGGUUUUAUUGUUCCAUUUGAAUAUUUCUACUGUAAAAAAAGACAGUGGUUUUGAAAUUGUUGAAAAUAAAUGUAUUUUUGUACAUCAAAGCUA